GUGGUCUCUGCCCAUGGCCAUGUCCAUCACACACCGAGGCACUGGUGUGGCACUCAGCCUGGGUGUAUCCCUGUUUGGCCUGGCUGCUCUCCUGCUCCCGGAGCAGUUCCCUCACUACCUGGCACAGGUGAGGGCACUGAGCUUGGGCCCUGCCCUCAUCUAUUGUGCCAAGUUCUCCUUGGCCUUCCCAUUGUCCUACCACACCUGGAAUGGCAUCAGGCACCUGGUGAGUGUCCUUGGAAUGGGAAUUAUUGCCCCUGGAAUGUUCCAGCAGCACCUCAGGGUUGUUUGGGGGAUGAUUUAG